AUGAUUGGAAUGAAAUCAAUUUCCAAUGUUAGAUCAGUUGGAUCACUCUUAUACAGAAAUAGCAGUAGUAGCAGUAGCAGUUUGAAUGGUGUCAUUGCAAGUUUCUCAACAUUCAAUAUCAAUAGCAACAGCAGCAGCAUUUCUUUAAAUAAAUAUAAUAUAAACAAUAGAAAUAAUAAUAAAAGUAACAAUAAUAUAUAUAAAGUUAGAACAUAUACAUCAAGUGCAUCAACUUCAGAGAAUAUAAACACACAGAGCAUCACAUCGACUACAACUACCUCCACUUCAGAACACUUCAAUCCAAACUCAAUUUUAACAUCAUCAUUUUCAGUACCAGUCGUCAAUUUCAAAUCGAAAGAGAAUGUCGGUGAAAUUCAAUUAUUAAAGAGUAUUUUUUCUGUACCAUUGAGAGUCGAUAUUUUACAUAGAAUCGUACGUUGGCAAAGAGCCAAAGCAAUGCAAGGUACUCAUUAUGCACAGAAUAUGGGUGAUAUAGAUAGAACAAACAAGAAACCAUUUUCACAAAAAGGUACUGGUCGUGCUCGUCAAGGUACAAAUCACGCCAUUCAAAUGAAAGGUGGUGCCAGAGCUUUCCCACCAAAACCAAGAGAUCACUCUUUUUCAUUACCAAAGAAGGUUCGUAGACUUGGUCUCAAAGUAGCAUUGGCAACAAAGUUGGCACAAAAUAAAUUGGUUAUCGUUGAGAAUCUUGAGUUGGAAUCACACAAGACUAAAGAUUUAGAUACACUGUUGCCAGAGCAAUGGGGACGUUCGCUUUUGGUCGACAAGGAGAUCUCUUCGAAUCUCAGUCUCGCUGGAUUCAACAUUAAGCGUAUCGAUCUGUUGCCCGAGCGUGGAUUGAACGUAUAUUCCAUACUCCAAAAGGACACCCUUGUUUUAACUAGAGCAUCACUUGAUGAAAUUCAAAAGAGAUUAUCAGAACAAUCAGAAAACUAA